AUGAGGGACGCAGCCCUCCCAGGCCCCAGCCCUAGGGUGAAGCAUGAAUUGGGACAGGCGGCUCCAGCCCUGGCAGGGAAUGGGGCUGGGCUCCUAGAGUGGCCCUUGGAGGAAUCUGGGGGAGCCCCGGAUGCAGGCAGUCCGAGGCUGUCCGGAGGCCACAGCCUUCACGAGACGUCCACAGUUCUGGUGGAGACUGUGACCAAGUCUUCGUCAAGCCGGGGCUCCAGCUACAGCUCCACCCCCAAGUUCUCCUCGGACGCCAGCAAGGUGGUGACUCGGGGGCCGGGGCUGUCCCAGGCUUUCGUGGGCCAGAAGAACUCCUUCACCGUGGACUGCAGCAAAGCAGGCACCAACAUGAUGAUGGUGGGUGUGCACGGGCCCAAGACCCCCUGUGAGGAGGUGUACGUGAAGCACAUGGGGAACCGGGUGUACAACGUCACCUACACCGUCAAGGAGAAAGGGGACUAUAUCCUCAUUGUCAAGUGGGGCGAAGAAAGUGUCCCUGGAAGCCCCUUCAAAGUCAAGGUCCCUUGAAUCCCAGAAGUGCCUCCCCAGCUUUGGCCCCAACCUCCAGCCAAACACACCACACACACCACACACACACACACACACACACACGCCACACCCAGACACACGCAUGGAAUCAGACACUACAAACACCUG